CUCUACUCCCACCGGUAUAAAUACACCCAUCGCCAACCACCUCCUCCACCCCCAUCCAGCGGUUAUCUUCAGUCUCCCUGUUUCUUCUCUAGAGAGAUAAGCAGAGAGAUAGAGACGAAGAGAGUAAACAAUCGACAAGAAUCAAUUAAAUCGAUCUAUGCAAACGGGGAAAUCCACGACGAUCGUCCAAGGUCGGAGCCGAUUCACCGGAGGAGCGCAGGAUUAUGAGCUGUUUUGACAAGUUGCGGUGUUCUUCGAAUCUCAGCCGCCUUAUCGCCGGCAUUCUCAUUUUCAUGCUCUAUCAUUCCUUCCAAUUAAUCUCCAAUUUCUUACUUCCUAUACAUCCGUAAUUUGAACUCGCCCUCCUACGAAAUCCAAUACCACAUCUCCUUAGUUUUCUUCUCGCAAUUUUCACCAAUAUUGUCCAAUUCCGACGAGGGAAACCCUACCAAUUUUCGAAUCGCGCACUGCUCGCACAUUUUCAUGGAUCUCAAAGAUCAUUCCAGCUUUACUAGUUAUUUGCUUGAUGGCACAUUUCCCUCCCGCACUGGCAGCCGUCAUAAUUCAUCUCCAUCAGUAGUUGUGAUUGGUGGGGGUAUCUCAGGCAUAGCUGCUGCACGUAUUCUCCAGAAUGCAUCUUUCAAGGUGCUAUUGCUGGAAUCAAAAGAUAGAAUUGGUGGGCGCAUUCAUACUGACUACACAUUUGGUUGUCCAGUUGACAUGGGAGCAUCAUGGCUACAUGGUGUGUGCAAUGAGAAUCCGUUGGCUCCUAUGAUUCGUCACUUAGGCCUCACUUUAUAUCGUACUAGUGGUGACAAUUCUGUCCUGUAUGACCAUGAUCUGGAGAGUUUCAUGCUGUUUGGCAAGGAUGGUAAGCAAGUUCCUAAACAGACAGUGGUUGAAGUUGGAGAUGCAUUCAAGAAAAUUCUCAAUGAGACUGAGAAAGUGAGAGAUGAAUACAGUCAAGACAUGUCAAUUCGACAAGCAAUAUCAAUCAUACUGGACAGGCAUCCUGAACUGAAACAAAAUGGACUUGCGCAUGAAGUGCUGCAAUGGUACAUAUGCAGAAUGGAGGCAUGGUUUGCUGCAGAUACAAAUAUGAUAUCUCUGAAAUCUUGGGACCAGGAACAAGUACUUUCUGGUGGUCAUGGACUAAUGGUGCAAGGCUAUUAUCCCCUGAUGAAGGCAUUGGCAAAAGAUAUUGAUAUACGAUUGAAUCAUAGGGUUAAAAGGAUUACAAAUGGCUAUAAUAAGGUGAUGGUCACGGUUGAGGAUGGAAGAAUUUUCGUUGCUGAUGCUGCUAUUGUAACCGUACCCAUUGGGGUUCUCAAAGCAAACUUGAUUGAAUUUGAGCCAAAAUUGCCUGAAUGGAAGGUUUCUGCAAUAACAGAUCUUGGUGUAGGCAAUGAGAAUAAGAUUGCAUUGCAGUUUGACAAUGUCUUUUGGCCAAAUGUGGAAUUAUUAGGUGUAGUUGCAUCCACUUCUUACGCAUGUGGUUAUUUUCUCAAUCUCCACAAGGCUACAGGCAAUCCUGUUCUCGUCUAUAUGGCUGCAGGAAGCCUCGCGGAUGACCUUGAGAAGCUAUCAGAUGAGGCUUUAGUUGAUUUUGUAAUGUUGCAGCUGAAGAAAAUGUUUCCUAAUGCUACCAACCCUGUCCAGUACCUCGUGUCACGCUGGGGAACAGAUCCUGACAUCCUUGGGUGCUAUUCAUACGACGCAGUUGGCAAGCCAAUGGACAUAUAUGAUAAGCUCCGAGCACCCAUAGGGAAUCUUUUCUUUGGAGGCGAAGCAGUUAGCAUGGAUCAUCAAGGAUCCGUGCACGGUGCCUAUUCUGCUGGAGUUCUGGCUGCUGAAAAUUGUCGCCACCAUCUCAUCAAGAAACUUGGUAGUCUGGAAAUGAUACAGCUUGUUUCCUCCAGGGAGGAAUUUCUUGAAGCUGCUGCUGUUGUUCCUCUCCAGAUCUCUAGGAUGUGAGUUGUCUUUGUUUUUCUUUCUUAAUCAAUGAAUAAGUAUGUACUCUUUAGAAGUGUUCUUGAAGGUAAUGCACUGAUUCGGAAAAUGUUUGCUGGAUUAAGAAUCCUUUUAGUGUUGUAUAAAAGUAUUUUCUUUAAUUGUAUUUUCAUGGUUAUCAA